CAGGCAUGCAUGCACAUACACACAGUUAAACACACCACCAAGAGCAACGCUCCUCUGCCUCUGCAAGCUAGCACGCGAGAAUUUAAGCUCGAUCCAUCCAAGGCCAUGGCACCUAGAGCAACGCUCCUCCUGGCCCUGAGCCUCCUAGCUAUGGCGGCCGUGGCGAGCGCCCAUGGUGGCUAUGAGACCUGCCCCUCGGAGCUCCACUUCACCAAGUGCGUCAACGUGCUGGGCCUGGGCAUCAACUUGGAGGCCAACGAGCCGUACAAGCUCCAGAAACAGUACUGCUGCCCUCUCAUCGAGCACGUUGUCGACGCGGACGCCGCCCUCUGCCUCUGCAAAAGGCUCUACCUCGCAGGUGUUGUUGACCUCACCAUCCAAGUCCGCGUCAUCCUCAACAACUGCGGGAAGUACUGCCCUACAGACUUCAAGUGCCCCACAUAUUAGAAGAAGCUAGAAAACGAUCAAGUCUAUAUGCAUAUGAAUGCGAUGAUCUCGUAUCGUCACGUUGUUGAUUUUCAAGCUUUGUUAAUUUGUACCAUCGAUCCAUGUAUUCUUUAGUUUCUUUUAAUUCAUGCCUGAUUUAUAUGUGCUAAAGUUGAUUCGCUGAGUGAAAUUUAUUAAUCGUUUGGAAUUU